AUAAUUGACCGCCAAGGAGAUGCGCAUCAUGCAUAAUACAUGCUGACUGUUGGACGUUACAGUAAUUGGAGCCAUUGUACAACUUAGCGGUGCGACGGUUGUCACAGUUGCGAUUGUUAGUUUGAUUUCAGAUUUGAUUGGCGUUACAUGAAUUGGAUGCAAGAAUGUGGUGAUAGACAAGUGAAUUUUUGAAUGAUGUAGUAAUUAUUAUAAGUAACAUUUAGAAUGAUUUAUGCAGACCGCGAUUGAAAUAUCUACACGACAUAAUGAAAAUGUCUAAAAAGUAAAUCAUAUUUAUUCGAAUUACAUAGGGAUUAGCUUAAAGUAACAAUUCAUCAACUAGAAUACAAUAGGUAACCGCAAAGAGCAUACAAAUUAGGCAACAAAACCGCACCACUUUGCAACAACCACCUGCUAAUCGCUAUUUACAUAAUAAGGGCAGUUCACAAUUCUGCCCUCAGCGCCUUAAUUACGUCAGAUAACAAGCAGUGUAGCCCUCCUGUGUGGUGAUUAUCUCCAACAUCACCAACCAACACAUUACACUCACAAUCAGCUCGAAAUCCAGUAAUUAUCAAAGGAAAAGAAAGCAGUGUGACCAAGUCAUGAAUAUUGAUUGCACUUGAUUUUCUUGAGUAAACAGCCUUGCAAGAAGCAAAUCACGUACGCACAAUGACAAGUUGUAAUCGGUGGUAACACUAACCGUGAUCGUCGCGAGGGGCCAAUGUCGCGGUCCACACGCCCGGAAUAUCGAUCAUGCUGGAGAGAUGACACAUCCGGUGAUCACGGAAACUUUGGGAAACGCUCAUGAAGGUAUAUAAGCGGGGCGCCAACUAACCACAGCAUCAUUCGUCUUCAGACAGUCGAAGUAAACAGUUCAAUAUGCAGAGUUUUGUGUGUGUCCUCCUGCUCGCAGCUGUUGUGGCAGCUGAACCUCUCUCCAGGCAGAGGUACAGGUUCCAGAGGCAAGAACUCGAGUCCGGCUACGAUAGCGAAGCCACGACACAGAGAAAUGAAGAGGCUCCAUACGCUCCAGCUGGCUUUAGACCCUCGAAGGCUUUCAAUCUGCCAACACGCCAGGAAGCCUCACCUCCCUCUACUUCCUACGGCGUCCCUGACGACAGUUAUGGUGCUCCUUUAAACACAUAUGUCGCACCUCAAGUUGAGUACGGCGUCCCGGAAAAGAGUCCCGCUACUGAAUACGGAGUUCCAGAAACUGAUGAAGAUGAAGGAAGUGGUAAAGAGGAAGAAAAAGUGGAAGCCGAUAAAGAGAAUAUCAAAGAAGAGCCUAAGAGUGACGCUGAAGUAGUGAGCGCCCAGGGAGUGUACUACGUCCUGCUGCCUGGGUCUCAGCUGCAGAGAGUUCAGUUCCAGACUGAAAACGACGUGAGGAACAUGGCUUACACGGCCCGUCUUCAAUACAAGAACGAAGACCGAGCUCCGUUGUACGUUUACACAGCAGUGCCUCAAUACCAAUCGGCGGCGUACGUCCAAUUAUUCUAAUUUCGAACCAACCCUUUGAACCAGUGAUAACCACCCAAACGGAUGCAAUUUAGAUUUGUGAGGAUUAUCCAGCCCCGAUACCGCCAUACAGAAAUAACGUUUUUCAAACGAUUUUAUUGUUCUGUGUCGUUUUGUUGUAUGUUUAACAGAACCAUUCAGUGCGGAAUUAUGGCGCAAUUUCUUAUGUAAUUUAUUCAGGUCGAUGUAAAUAAAUAUUGUUGUUUUACAUACAUGA